AUGGCUGCUGUUCAAUCGAACGACGAUGGCGCUGAGGAGAAAAUUAUUAAUGAGGAAUAUAAGAUCUGGAAGAAGAACACUCCGUUCUUGUAUGAUAUGGUAAGAUUUUGCGGGAAGAGGAAGUAUGGACCACUAUUGAGGUCGUUGAAUGCCCAGAAUACAUUUUGGACUCUCGAAAUACAUUAAAUUUACUUUUAUUUCUUUUCCCUACAUACAGCAAUAUAAUUUAAUCCUAAAUGCUACAAUUUUCGCUUUCCAGGUUAUGACCCAUGCCUUGGAAUGGCCUAGUUUGACAGUUCAAUGGCUUCCUGACUUCCAACGAGCGGAGGGAUCGGAUUAUUCCACUCAUCGAAUCAUUCUUGGAACCCAUACUUCAGAUGAGCAAAAUCAUUUGGUAAUUGCGAAGCUUUUGCUCCCAACUGAAGAUGCCCAGUUCGAUGCUUCGAAAUACGAUACUGAUCGAGGAGGUAUGUAUUUCACCUGUUUUUUUCACAUUUUAGGUCGUAUUCUAAAACAAUUACCAUUUAUUCUUCAGAAUUUGGUGGAUUUGGCUCGAUCACCGGAAAAAUUGAUGUGGAGAUCAAAAUGAAUCAUGAGGGUGAGGUGAACAGAGCACGAUACAUGCCGCAGAAUCCUCAUUUGUUGGCUACUAAGUCUCCUAGUUCUGAGGUGUUCAUUUUUGAUUAUACCAAACACCCAUCUUUGCCCACCAAUGACAAUGUCUGCAGGCCUCAAUUGAGGUUGAGAGGGCACACCAAGGAAGGUAAGAGUGGAUUUUGAUAUCUGUUUGGCUUUUAGGACUUUUUUGGUGGCAUUUGAUUACUGGUUUAUAUUGUAGUAGACAUUGAUGCCACCAACAAUACUAAAACUCAAUAUCUUUCCAGGUUACGGUCUAUCAUGGAACAGCAACCUCCCCGGUCAUCUUCUUUCGGCUUCUGAUGACAUGACCGUCUGUUUAUGGGAUAUCCAAGCCAAUACAUCCAACGCUACGUAUCUGGACGCACAAACAACCUUUACUGGUCAUAGUGCUGUCGUGGAAGAUGUCGCAUGGCAUGUGCUGCACGAUUCGGUCUUUGGAUCUGUUGGUGAUGACCAUAAAUUGAUGGUUUGGGAUACCCGCAGCAACACUCCAUCUAAACCAGCUCAUUCCAUCGAUGCCCACUCAGCUGAAGUGAAUUGUCUGUCGUUUAAUCCAUAUUCUGAAUUCAUCUUGGCUACUGGAUCGGCUGAUAAGGUGAGUGUGAGGAGUUAGAGGAUUUUAGAGAGCCUGAAGCGGUUUGAAAUGCCUGUUUUUGGAAGUUUUUGUUUAUUUUGACUCUUAUUUUAUGCUAAAAUAAUAUUUUUGCUGGGUUUGGGGUUAAUGUUUUAAUUUCUUUUCAUAUUAUUUGAUUUUAUAUAAAAUUAGAAGAAACUUUGAAAGGCUUUGGAGUUUAUAAAAUUAGUAGAAAUUCGACUUUUAUAUUAUCUUUUUUCAGACUGUUGCCCUUUGGGAUCUCCGAAAUCUCCGUCUGAAGCUGCACUCCUUCGAAUCUCACAAAGACGAGAUCUUCCAAGUCCAAUGGUCCCCUCACAACGAGACUAUUCUUGCCUCUUCCGGCACGGAUCGCCGUCUUCACAUCUGGGAUCUCUCCAAAAUCGGCGAAGAACAGAGCCCCGAAGAUGCUGAAGAUGGUCCCCCAGAACUCCUCUUCAUCCAUGGAGGACAUACAGCCAAAAUCUCGGACUUUUCGUGGAAUCCCAACGAACCAUGGGUCAUUUGCUCGGUCUCCGAAGACAAUAUCAUGCAGAUCUGGCAGAUGGCUGACAAUAUUUAUAAUGAAGAAGAUGCCGAAAAUGCAAAUGCUGAAGCCUAA